CACUGGGGCAGCUGUGCUUGAUUGCCUCUGGUCCUGCCCUGCACGCCCUCUGCAAGGAGCAGAUUAGAAAUGGCUGGGCAACCUCACUGAAAUGAGUAACUGCCCGGUUCGUGUGAGUUUUAAAUACAAAGCUGGCAAAUGCCAACACCACAGGAGCCUGUCAACAUCAGUGCUGUGGUUCAGUUGUGUAUCGGAGCACAUAAGGAGCACAGAAAAACUUGUCUGUUGGAGCUGGCAGCUGGGAGACAUGCAGGAGGCAUGGUCCUCUGGGACACGCACACAUUCUCUCCCAGCCUGCUGACUAGUGUCAUGUUCAAACUGCUGUCCCAGUGCUGAGCCAGUUGUCUGGUUGUGUGUGUGCCUGUACCCUGUAUGAGAUAAAAUACAAAGAAAACUUUUGGAAAAUUCUGAGGCAUUUUGGUGUAGGGAAUGUAAGACUGUGAGCCCAAGCUUAACAGGCUCAGGCAGGGAAUCAUCCCCUUCUCUACCUGCCAAGCCUCUGCCUGUUUAAGGGGGAGAUUUUCUGCAAUGUACUUUGGGGCACCCUUGUCAGUGCAGUUAGGCCCAGAGAUUUCAGGGGUGAAGACAGCUCAGCGAGACCACACACAUUGGUUUGCUUGUGGUAGCUGUCAGAGGAGUUUUGACCAAAUACAGACUGCAAAAUCAAGGCAACCUUCAGGUCUGGAUAAAAGGUAGACACCUAACACCACCACCCCAGCAAAAAAAAGAAAAAAAAAAUAUUACAGUGAUCAGCUUGAAUUUCUCAGUAUAUUUAGUCUCUAUUUAGCUUGGAAACCUGUACUGUGAUAUCCUGUAGCCAAUGGAUCCUUGGCUUCACUGUGGUACCCAGGCAUCCUGUGGAGGGCAAUUCCAGAGGCUUUCAACCUGCAAAAAUGCAAAGCCUGGGAGUCUGUCAAUCCCACGCAGAGGAACCCCACACAGCAAAAGUCAUGUGUGUUUGCUGCUCAGACCAGCCUCUCUCUGUUUGAGAUAAAUUCAUGCUUGAAGUAGGAAAAACAUCUAUAAUGGGUGAAAAAAAAAGUAAUUUGUAGCUAGAAUACAAGCUUACAUACAUAGGUGACAGUGAGAUUCCUUCAUUUAUUCUUGCUGCCAUCCAGAACGGGCUUUUUAUUUCAGCAGGCUCUAGCUCAAACCCCAGAAGCUAGGAUUUGUUGCUUUGUUCUGUUUGAAAACAAAACUUGUGACUGCUCCUCAACAAUACGUUUCCCUCAGUAUACUGCUUUCAUGUGAAUUAAUUUAAACAGUGAUUAUAAUGAAACCUUGUAGUUUAGUCUGCACGUAUCAGUAAAGAUUUCUUUCUUUCCAAAACGCAGCUGCCUAAAAGUAUUCUGUUCCUCUGCUGCUAGUCCCUCCAUGCCCAUCUCCACCUCAGGCUGGGAAGUGGAUGACACAGAUGCUCUCUUUCUGGCUGUUGGUGCACACAGCCUUGCUCCAUGGUGAGGGAUAAUGCCAAUUACCACAUUUAGACUCAGGGUAUUUUCCCUUGGACCAAAUGUUAGGACCUUUGAGUUUGUCACCUUCUUCUGAGGUCUUACAAAGGGGUGAUCUGCUUGGACAUCUCACCCAGCCAAGCCCUAGCCUUGUGCUUAUCUCAUGCUUGCUUGUGGCAUAAAACACAGUCUUCCAAGCAGUUGAUUUAUCUCAAGUCUUGGGGUAUCUGUCUUGUGACAUACAGGAGAUCAGAGCAAAUGAUUUCAUGGUCAUUUCUGUUCCUAAAAUAUGAAACACAAGUACUCCCAAUGGCUCUCAGGAAACUCUAUACCCUGGAGCCAGCUGCUUGCUACUUUAUGCCAAAUAUUGGGCACAGCAUUCCUGCUGACCCCCUGGGACUUGCCUGCCUCUCUUGUCUUACUGCAUUUGAACUGGAUCUCAUAUAACAAAACACCAUAUUCAGCAGAGACCAUGGCAACUCAACACAGCUCUGUCAAAAUUCCCCCAUGUAUCCCAGCAGGAUCCAGCCCUUUUCUUUUGUAAUAGGACCUUUAGAAAAAAUUGCAAGUCGAGAGAAAUGAUUCUCAAAAGAAGUAGCUUUACCUUACCAGGUGUCAAAGGAGUAGCAGUCUUUAAAUGAAACAGGUAAAGGACUCCUCUGUGGCAAAAGGACUCUCAGCUUCAGAGCAGGAUUUUGUCUUUGCUGUGUGAUUGCUUAUCUGCUUAAUAUUUUUAUGCCAGCCCAUGCAGAUUUUCUGUCUGUAUUUUCUCUCAGUACAUACACUAUGUGGUAUCACAGUGAGACAUGUUUGUGCUGGCAUAGCUUUAAAAAAGCAAUGCGGAAACCCUUAAAUUAUUAAGCAUCCCUCCAAAGUCUGUCUGCUUGAUUUAAACUGUGCAAGGUGGUGUGAAUAGUUUUACAUUAUUUAUUAAUCCCUUCAGAAACCUGGAAAUCUUUCAACUGCAGAAAAGAUAAUGCUUUGUUGUAUUAUAAUGGUAAGUAAUGCCAUCUCAAAAGUUGAUAUGCUGCUUUCUGGCAAGCUUCUACUAUUUGCAGGAAACUUAAAGGAGGGUCUUUAAAAUUAUCAUGCGUACAGAACUGUAUUUGUGCUAGUCCUGUUUCCAGCAUGCUCCCUGAAAAAACAUAACCUGCACUGGACUCCACAUCUCUAUGUUAAUUUUUCAACUUGGUCUAGUACUAUUGCACAAUACAGGCAGGACAUCAUGUUUGUGCCCAGCCCAACUCAGCCAGGCAAGGCGUACUGUUAUUUUUUUACUUGAAAGUGGGGAACAUCCUUGCGGGUAAUUCCAUCAGUCUUAACUACCCCACAUCACUGUAGUGACAGGGUAGGAGAGGCCUAAGUUGGGCACUGUGCACAGAGAUAAGCUGUGAGUCCCUGACACACGGCUGUUGGCGAACAUCCCUUUGGCAUGCAGGAACUCAUACAGCAUUCCCUCACUGCAGCCCCAGGCACACUGAUUGUAAAUGGGUGUGAUGAUAGUCACUUUGCGGCUAACCUAAUGAGACUUCUAGAAGGUGCUGUAAAUGUCAGGGAUAAGGUCCUCAAUUUGCCAGGACAGCUGCUGUUAAUAAAGCCUAGUACAGAUGUUCUGCUGAUGACCUGUGGAGACCAAGGACAGAACCAUGCUUCUGUCUCCUCCCUGUACCUUGCUGCUUUUGGAAGUGCUAAGCCUUGUACCUAUCUGAUUGCAGAGGACAUACCAUGAAAAUCUCUUUGGGCUUUUGCCAGGUAUUCUCAUUAGGAGAAUGUCAAGAUACAGCUGUGAAGAUACAGUGACUCCAUACUAAAAAUAGCAAUCGUAGAUAAUGCAACCUGAGCUCACAGGUAUCUUACUGCUCUGUGGUAACUGGGUUUGAUGUGGUGAAUUUAGUGAUUUCUUUUUUUCAGUGUAACAUGACCUUUCUGAAGAAGACCAUCUUUUCUCUUUCAGCCCAAGUUCCGCUUUCACAUCUCGUUGUACCUAUACUCCUCGCAGUUGGCUGGAUAGUGGGCUGUGCACUAAUGGUUUACAUUGUCUUCUCCUGAUGGAAGACAAAAGAAUUUACAGUGAUGUUGAUUAGAAGAACGUGGAUGUUAAACUGAAAUUUCUAAUGACUGUUAUAAAAUGAUUUGGUUUUAAUGUCAACACUGCAAACAUGGUGUACACUUUUUAUCUACAACAGAAGUUUGAAAUGCUAAUUAGAGCUUUAGAAAGAAUCAUCAAACCAACUUGUCAGGUUUCAAAUUGUUUGUAAUUGAUGGACUAGUUUCUGGAGUCCAGCAGUAGGUCAGAUACCUGCUUGCUUUAUUGUUGCCACAUUGAAUUGAAGCAGUUUGGGAAACUUUUCCCAGAGUUAGUGAUGCAGUGCUGGACAAAAAAGUGAGUUCAGCUCAUUUUUAAGAUGUGCUGAGCAGGGGAAGAAGUAUCUCAAUGUGUGUCGGAAAGUAGUAAGUGAGUCAAGACAAAAAAGUUUUGUAGUAAAAAAUAAAUUACUAAAUUUAAAAUAUGGUGGUGCGCUCUUCCUGUGCCAAGAUCUUACAUGUCAGUGUCUUAAAUAAUUUUUCUGAAACUACAUUACCUUCCUUUUAUAAAAAAGCAGUCAGUCACAGAAGCAUACUAACACAUAAACCAGAAGAAGUCCUUUAGAAAAUGAAAGGCAGACAGGGAAAGUUGCCUGGUAGCAAUGCAUGCUCAAAUGUAUGGCUUGGACUUUCUCAAUUCUAAAUAUUUAAUAGCAUGUAGAUAAAUAUGAAAUUAACUGUCAGUCUCUUCUGUUUACAUGAUGCUCAGGGCCCAAUACUGUAUUUUUCCAUUGGUAACCAAUCCAGUUCUUGUCAAAUUAAAUGCUGCUGGACUCGCUGGGCAGUGAAGCAGAUCGCAACCAUGUGGAAUUCAGCCCUGUUUUCUGGCACGCUGGCAGCCCCCCUCUGCUGGCACCAGCCAGAGUGCAAUCCAGGGAGACUGGAGAACAAAGCUGCAGUUCAAAAUGAACCUAAAUAACUAGUCUGGAAAAAAAUGCAACACAAUAGGUCUGAAAAUUCAAUUUCUACACUUCGCAGGAGCUGUUAAAAAACUGAAAUAGGGGAUAGAAAUUACUGGCUGCAUAGCAAUUUUCAGAAAAGAGCCUAGGAAUUGCCAUGUAUCACAAUCUGAAUUCAGGUCAGAAAUGCCAUAAUGGUGGUGUGAAAAGAGAAACACUGUCCUGGGAUGAUUACCAGAAAAAUGCCUUGAGAGAUGCUGAAGCCACCCCCUGCUCUAUAAGCAAGGGUUGGGCCUCCCCGGCCUGCUGCAGCUGGCCCCGCCACUGCAGGAACCAGCUGUGGGUCAAGGGGAAGGAAAACAGGAGAGAGCAGUAAGAGGGAACUGAGACUGGUAACGUUUAACCAGUGAGACAAGAAGCACACUGGAUAGGUUCAGCCUAGAAAAGAGCAGACAGAAGGAAAUGUAAGUCUUAAAUCUACCAGACUUUUUGAAAGGUGAAGUGAAUAAUCUCUUCUUGGUGAUACAGAGGGCAAGAAGUAGUGAAGAACUAGCAAGUAAGGACUAGUAAGUCCUUAUGGUAGAGGCGUAGAAGUACUGAAUGACAUUUUUAAGCAUAAUUAUAUUAAUGUUGAUUACUGGAGGCUUUUGAGAACAGGUGAGCAAACAUCCCUUGACAUCCUGCAGGAAUCCUUGUGAUCCUGCCUUGGUGCUUGAGGGCAGUAAUUUCAUAUCUUCUCAGUCUUUAUGACCAAGUACUCCCAUGAAAUUCUGCGGGACUGUUGGCUGAGAAGAGAUAGAACCAACAGAUGGUAACAGGCAAGUACUACUUCUGAUGUUAGGCUUUUUGGCAUGGAAGGAAAACAUUUUAAUGCUGGUUGCAGUGUUAGGAAAAGUCUGUAUAGCAUUGAAUAGGGGGUGAGCUGCAGAUCACCCACACUGCUCAGGUGAAGCCAUGUGAAGAAGGAAGGCAGCACUGCUGUCAGAGCAGUGAGACUGAUUGUGAAGGCUCAUGUUCAAAUUUUUUAGCAGUACCUGAUUUUUGAGAGUUUGAAGAUCUGAUUUGGCACAGUGAAACAGAGUAACUCUCUAGCCUGGCUUCAAUAUUGUCAAGCUGACUUGCUAAGUACCAAG